AUGAACGGGCCUCUGCCAGCAAUGUUUGGAGGGAAGUGCAAGCUAUCUCCAUCAGAAUUACAUCUGUUUGGACAGGUGACUAUAUGUGCAAAAUUUGACAAAGACAUUUACCUCCCAGAGGACGCAGAGUUUUACUUCGUUUAUGAUGGAUCCCUGAAGAGGCACAUAAUGUUUGCUGAGCGAAUUAGUGACGAUGCUCUUCAGUCCAUUGUUCCAGGCCAUGGAUGCCAAGAAACAGUUUCUGUUUCCGUGUUAAUGUACACAAGGGGAUACUCACCGGUGAUCCUCGGCAGCUGUCCCAUCACUUACAGAGAGAAUCUGUCUUGCAAGUUGUCUCACUUUCUGGUUGAUCAUGCAGAAUGUGUUACUGCUGCUAGUCACAAGAUGUUGCUGGAUAAGUUUGGGCUAAGGAUAAAAGAUCUGCAGUCCCUGGAUAAUGACUUGAUGAUGGCUGUUGCUCAUGAAGAAUUGCCGUUGACCUGGAACAUCCUUGGAAGCUGCUCAGAAGAGCCUAAACGUAAAGAAACACUUCUCCACCUUGUGAUGAAAUUGGGCUUGGUUAAGCUUUCCCAGUUCUUAGCAGCCCAGCCUGGAGGCUCAUCAGCAUUAGCAUUACCUAAUGAGGAUGGAGCAACACCAUUAGAUUUGGCUUUACAAAAUGGGCACUCCAAACUUGUUGAGGUCUUCACAAAUUUCCAGGGCAGUCACUUGCUUGACAUUUCAAGAGUGAAGAUCAGCAAGAGUGCUUGCGUGCAGUUUGUUCAUUCAUCGGGAGCUCUGACGCUGACAUUUAGCCACACUGCACAGCACUUGCUGGAGUCGGACAUUAACCUCUUCAGAAAAUACUUCUGGGACAGACCUCUUCUUUACCAGAGUAUUAAUUCAAACCAAUUUGAGACAGUGGAUGGUCCAAAAAUGCCUUGCCGUACAACAAGCUCUGUAGAAGGUCCAGUGAACUUGGCAUCUGAUGAAUUGUCACAGGAUGAUACGAAGCCUUUCAGAGACUCAGUGGUACCUUCUGAAGAGUAUGAAGAUCAUGUCUUGUUGGGCAUAGAGCAAAGACACUCCACCCUUGAUAUUCUCAGGAAACUCAAGGCUCCACCUACUUUAUUUGCUGGAACCAGACUUUCUGCCAUUCUGAGUGGAAGUGAUGAAGUAUAUGCAAACUGCAUGGUAGUAGACCAAGCUGGAGAUUUAAAGGCUAACUAUGUUCAUGGAUAUGAUGGCAGCAGUGAAACAUGUCUGAAUCCCACCAACUCAAUCCCGAUGGCUAAGAGCUCUUCAUCUCCCUCCCUUGAGGAGAAUGAUCAAUAUAUGUGUGUUCCAAAUGAAGGAAAUCGAAGGCCGAUGAAAAAGGGAGAAAAUGCAGCUUUGGGACAUACUGUUUCACCUUCUGAUCCAUGUGGAGCAGAUUCAUACCUUCAAUUCAAGACCUAUGGAUUUAUUAAGGAUUGGGGCCAACUUUAUACUGACGUGAAAAAAAAAAGUUCAAGUCUCGAUAACCUUGAAGUAGAUGGUGGAAGUGGAGGUGUUUCAGACAGAUGCCAUGUUCACUGCCCUCCCCUCAGCUCCUCAGAGGCCAUGACUUCUAGCAGAGAUGGAUUUGAUUUAUCUACCAGUCUGCAGCCCAAGGAAUGCAUAGUGUCUGGGAUUCGGUCACGCUCCUAUUCCUACUCAUCACCUAAAGGUUUAUUAGAGAGACCUUGCAUUCGUCAGGACUUCGCAGUUGGGAAUUCAAAUGAAGACCGAGCGUACAGUCUGCCUGAACCAUCCCGAGAGAAAAGGAUUCAGGAGGAGGAAUGGAAUAAGUAUAUUGUACCCUCAAAAAAUGAGUCUGAAAAAUGUAAAGUGAGUCGGACUUUCAGCUUUCUGAUGAACAGAAUGACCAGCACACGGAAUAAGUGCAAGACAAAAAGUAAAGAUACCAAAGACAAAGAGAAACUGAACAGGCACAAUUUUACGAAUGGGACCUUCUCAGGAGUUAUGCCAUGUAUGGCGUGUGAAAAGGCUGUCCUAGGAAAGGAGUCAGUGCAGUGCUCUCAUUGCAACGUGAUUGUGCAUAAGAGUUGCAAGGACUGUGCUCCUGUGUGCACCAAGAAAUUCCAGGAGAGGUACCAUAGUAAGAACAAACCCCAAGCUGGUGUAACAAAUUCCCUUCCUGGAGAUGUUUCACGGACAGUGCUCUCUCUGGUGCAUCCUUCUUCCUCUGUGCCUAUUGGACUGUCUUCUGGAAGGAGGGAAGCCUUGCAACAGUCCCACUUCUUGUCCAAAAGCGUCCCCAGUGCUAGUUUUGAAAGAUCUACGCAGUUUUCUGAACAAGACUCUGAGACUACCACCUGGAGGUCCAAGUCAUGGUCUGAAGAGAUGUUACAAGCAUUAGGGACCUUUUCUUCGAUGGAUACUUUUAUGAUGGAUGAUGAUGUGGAUUUGUCUCAGUGGACUGACCUUUGCACAGAUGCACAAGAGUUUGAGGCCGAGUCCUGGAGUCUUCUUGUGGAUCCAGUGUUCUGUAGCCAGCAAGAAAAGGAUGUCAUCAAGAGGCAGGAUGUAAUUUUUGAGCUGAUGCAAACAGAAGUGCAUCACAUCCAUACCCUGUUAAUUAUGUCUGAAAUAUUCAGGAAAGGGAUGAAGGAAGAACUGCAGCUGGACCACAGCACAGUGGACAGAAUAUUCCCCUGCUUAGAUGAGCUACUGGAGAUGCACAGGCAAUUCUUCUGCAAAAUGAAAGAGAGACGGCAGGAAUCAAGUGAGGCGGGGAGCGAACAUAAUUUUGUCAUCAGCAGAAUUGGAGACAUCCUUGUGAUGCAGUUUUCAGAGGAAAAUGCAACUAAAAUGAAGAAAAUAUAUGGAGAGUUUUGCAGCCAUCAAAAAGAAGCUGUUAGUCUCUUCAAAGAGUUGCAACAAAACAAGAAGUUCCAGAAUUUUAUUAAACUGAGAAAUAGUAACCUGUUGGCACGACGCCGAGGAAUCCCUGAGUGCAUUUUACUUGUCACCCAGCGAAUCACCAAAUACCCUGUUCUGGUUGAAAGGAUAUUGCAAUACUCAAAAGAAGGAACAGAAGAACAUAAAGACCUGUGCAAAGCCCUUCGCCUAAUUAAGGACAUCAUUGCAGCCGUAGAUUUCAAAGUGAAUGAAUAUGAGAAAAAGCAAAAGUUGUUGGAAAUUCUUAGUAGAACUGAAAACAAAACAUAUACAAAGCUGAAAAAUGGCCAUGUUUUUAGGAAGCAAGACUUGAUGAGGAAAGAGAGGAUACUUCUUCAUGAAGGUUUAGUGUACUGGAAGACAGCAACUGGUCGUUUCAAAGACACCUUAGCUCUGCUUCUAACUGAUGUACUACUGUUCUUACAAGAGAAAGAUCAAAAAUACAUCUUUGCAGCUGUUGACCAGAAGCCUUCCAUUAUCUCCCUUCAGAGGCUCAUAGUAAGAGAAGUAGCCAACGAAGAAAGGGGGAUGUUUCUGAUUAGCGCUUCAUCUGCAGGGCCUGAGAUGUAUGAGGUUCAUACCAAUUCCAAAGAGGAACGUAACAACUGGAUGAGGUGUAUUCAAGAUGCAGUGGAAAGUUGUCCGGAGGAAGAAGAAGAAGGAAAAAUGAGUGAAUCUGAUGAGGACAAACGUAUUGCUGAGGCCAAAGCAUCCAGAAUUCAGAAAUGUCAAGAAUCACUGAGUAACCAGGACCAGCAGAUAUGUGGCUAUUUGGAAGACAAGUUGCGUAUCUAUGCAGAACUGGGACAUAUGAGCGGGUUUGAGGAUGUUCAUGUAGAACCUCACCUCCUUAUCAAACCUGAUUCUGGCGAAACUCCACAGGCUGCUCCACUGCUGGCAGCAGCACUCAGAGAAGUUGAAAGUCUUCAUGUUACUGUAACAACAUCACAAGUGAGUGAAACAGGCAGAUCACCAGAGGAAAGUAUUGAGGAAUUAAGUGUGAAGCAUGGAUUUAGUGCCAAUGAAAACUUGGAAUCUGCUCCUGGUG